GAAGUAUUUCAAUUCUGAUGUUGUGGAUUAAAGUCAAAGGCGUCUUCUUCACGGGUUGUACCUGUCAGAGAUGUGUUGUUCUCUCAAUACAGUACAUCCGAUUCUACAAAGGGUAUGCAAAUAUUCCUAAGAAGCGACUGGAGGAUAAGGAAAUAAAACGCCUCUGCUUGUACACCCGACCAGACGGGUUCCCAGACUCGUCUACCACGGCUCAUUCCACAAACCCGAGAUUCCAGCGGCGCCAUGGGGAUAAUUUGGGUGGAAAAGGGACGAUAUGGACAUUUGCUUUAGUGGACAAGUGUGUUGUUUGUGUGCGCAAUCGAACCCGUCGGGCCCAUCUUGGGACGAUUAUUCAUGCCGAGAGGGCCGAAAUCUGUCAACAUUAUCCCCGGCGGGGGGUAAACAGCGCAUUCCCCGCCACUGCACGAUCUUCUCUAGCUAGGAGUAGGAGAGAACAAUCAAUUAGCAGCAAACCACAUGAGAUACUAGUAUAGGCUGCGGUGACCCUGCCAACUACCUUUUCUCAGUCGAGGUCUCAAGUUCAAGCCUGGUACUACACCCUGACUCUUACUGAUCCUUACCGUCCAUCUGAAAGCGCCAGGGGCGCGCCCGGAACGUCUCCUUCCUCCGAGGCGUAGGCGUGGCAGGGCGAUGUUUGAAUAAGCCGUCAACUCUGACCAAGGUGACAGACAGACGUCCAUCUGAUCCAGACACUGUUGCUAUGGACAACCCAGCCAUGGAAAUGGAACAAAGUAAAAACAAACUGUGGACCAAACGUGAUCCCUCUCCAGCCAAGGGCUCGGUGAAACACCAAAACAAGCCGGGGGAAGAUUCCGGAAAGCCAAACGGAAAGACAGCAGCCAAUGGUAAAACUCCGAAGAAAAACGGAUCGACAGCUCCGGUCAACGGAACUCGCGGUAAUCUUUCAGACGAGCGAUCGGAACGAAAUGGACCAAAACCGGGGAAAGGUGAUGAAGAACCGGAGAUGUCCCCACAGAAGAUGCAGCUCCGGACAACUGUACCGCAAAGUAUGACACCGAAAGACUUGCAGUCAGGGCCACACUCCCCCAGACCCAGGGGAAGCUCCAGGCAGAAGUCCCCCGCCGCCACAGCGCGGAAGGGGUGCGAAUGUUGCAGGUUGUACUUCUUCCUGACGAUAUUCCAGUUAUUAGUUGGAGCCGGAAUCAUCGUCUUGUGUGUCUUCAUCAGUGGCAUCUUCAGUGACGACAGGUCACGUGAUGUACCCUACUGGUCUGGUAUCCCGCUUGUAAUAGCAGCGCUUGUCGGCAUGUACUCCUGCAUCUUCAGUCGAAACAAGUUCGAAAGCGCCUGGCAUUUUGGAGUCAGGAUCUUCUUCUGGAUGCUGACGUUCUUCUGCUGCAUCGCCUGUGUGGUGGCGGCGACGUUUGCCGGACUGCACGGCACCAGUAUCGUGGACUACGUAGAAUGCCUGUCGCUCGACUCGUCCUGUCAGUGCACCAAAUCGUUCGACUCCUCGGCGCGCGUCUUUAUGUACAUCGACAUGACCGACUGUAACCUGGUCUUCGAGAAGCUGAAGGUCCUGCUCUUCAUCAGCUGCGGUGUCAACGCGUUCGGAGCCUUAGUGUGUUUCCUCAUCCUGAUCAUGAUGUGGAAGAGGAACUACCAACGGUUCUAUACGGGCCUGGGCUACACAUAUGCUACCUACGCAUAAUGAGUAGUACUAUCGACAAUGAUACAGAGCAGCGUUUACUUUUCAGAAAUCAGGGAACAGUGUCUACCUUGCAUAGACAUCAUUUGGUGCCAGUUAGAGGUAACGAAAUUAGUCACAAGAUCAUGUUGGAUUAAGAAAUAUUGAUGACUCAAGCAAGUCCAAUUGUGUGUACAUA